ACUUUUUAGUGCUAUUUUAGAACAAGCAACCAAAGCUCAAGGGGUAAACACUCUUGGGGGCAAAGCUGCAGGGUUUGAUGUUAAAGCACUACGGGCUUUCCGAGUUCUACGGCCUCUGAGACUGGUGUCCGGAGUACCCAGUCUUCAGGUAGUUUUAAAUUCAAUUAUAAAGGCCAUGGUUCCACUGCUACAUAUAGCACUGCUGGUGCUCUUUGUCAUCAUCAUCUAUGCCAUUAUAGGAUUAGAACUCUUUAUGGGAAAAAUGCACAAGGCGUGCUACCAGAACCAAGGUGAAGCAAUAUUAGCUGAAGAAGAGCCUGCUCCCUGUGCUGGAGUUAAAGGGCAUGGUCGCCAGUGUCGUAAUGGGACAGUGUGUAAAUCAGAAUGGGUAGGACCCAAUGAUGGUAUCACCAACUUUGAUAACUUUGCCUUUGCUAUGCUGACUGUUUUUCAGUGCAUUACCAUGGAGGGGUGGACAGACGUGCUUUACUGGAUGCAGGACGCUAUGGGCUAUGAAUUACCCUGGGUCUAUUUUGUCAGUCUCGUCAUCUUUGGAUCCUUUUUCGUUCUUAAUCUGGUUCUCGGUGUGUUGAGCGGGGAGUUCUCUAAGGAGAGAGAGAAAGCCAAGGCACGAGGCGACUUCCAGAAACUGAGGGAGAAGCAGCAACUUGAGGAAGAUUUAAAAGGUUACUUAGACUGGAUAACACAAGCAGAAGAUAUUGACCCAGAAAAUGAAGAUGAAGGACUUGAUGAUGACAAACCCCGAAACAUGAGCAUGCCAACGAGUGAAACAGAGUCUGUGAAUACUGAUAAUGUAGGUGCUGGCGAUCUAGAGGGUGAGAGCUGCUGCAAUCGCCUUGUACACAGAGUAACCAAGUCAAAAUUCAGCCGGUACUGGAGAAGAUGGAACCGUUUUUGUCGAAGAAAAUGCAGAGCGGCUGUCAAGUCCAAUGUGUUUUAUUGGCUAGUGAUAGUGCUUGUGUUUCUCAACACACUCACCAUUUCUUCAGAGCACUACAACCAGCCAGAGUGGUUGACAGAAGUUCAAGAUAUUGCCAACAAAGUGCUCCUAGCUCUGUUUACAGCUGAGAUGCUUCUAAAGAUGUAUAGUCUGGGCUUGCAGGCAUACUUUGUGUCACUCUUUAACCGUUUUGAUUGCUUCAUUGUCUGUGGAGGAAUUUUAGAGACUAUCCUAGUGGAGACAAAGAUCAUGUCUCCUCUUGGAAUUUCUGUACUGCGCUGUGUUCGAUUACUUCGAAUAUUUAAGAUCACCAGAUACUGGAAUUCCUUGAGCAAUUUAGUUGCUUCCCUGUUGAAUUCCGUACGCUCCAUUGCUUCUUUGUUGCUCCUUCUGUUCCUUUUCAUUAUUAUUUUCUCACUGCUGGGAAUGCAGUUGUUUGGUGGCAAGUUCAACUUCGAUGAAAUGGAAAACCGGAGAAGCACAUUUGACAAUUUUCCUCAGGCUUUACUUACUGUUUUUCAGAUUUUGACAGGUGAAGACUGGAACUCUGUGAUGUAUGAUGGAAUCAAAGCUUAUGGAGGACCUUCCUUCCCUGGUAUGCUGGUGUGCAUUUACUUCAUCAUCCUGUUCAUCUGUGGAAACUAUAUCCUGCUGAAUGUCUUCUUGGCCAUCGCUGUGGACAACCUGGCAGAUGCAGAAAGUUUAACUUCUGCUCAAAAGGAAGAGGAAGAAGAAAAAGAACGCAAAAAAUUGGCCAGGACAGCCAGUCCAGAAAAGAAGCAAGAAAAUGAGAAGCCCCCUAUUCUGGAGGAAAAGAAAGAAGAAAAGAUUGAACUUAAAUCAAUUACUGUGGAUGGAGACACUCCACACUCAACAAAGGUGGCAGUGGAUGAUUUGAAGCCAGAGGAAACUGAGGAGAAAAAUCCAUAUCCACCCAAUGACUAUCCAGGUGAUGAAGAGGAAGAAGAGCCAGAAAUGCCAGUUGGACCCCGGCCUCGACCACUGUCUGAACUACAGUUCAAAGAAAAAGCAACUCCAAUGCCUGAAGCUAGUGCAUUUUUUAUAUUCUCACACACAAACAGAGUGCGGGUUCUGUGUCACAAAAUUGUCAACAAUAAUAUUUUCACAAACCUCAUCCUUUUUUUCAUCCUGCUGAGUAGCAUCUCACUUGCUGCAGAAGAUCCUGUCCGAAAUCCCUCGUUCCGGAACAAAAUUCUGUUUUAUUUCGAUAUCGUUUUUACUGUCAUUUUCACCAUUGAAAUUGCCGUAAAGAUCCUAGGCUAUGCAGACUAUGUCUUCACUAGUAUCUUUACAUUAGAAAUUAUGCUUAAGAUGACUGCGUAUGGGGCAUUUCUUCAUAAAGGCUCAUUCUGCAGAAACUGCUUCAACAUUCUUGAUCUUCUUGUAGUCAGUGUCUCGCUCAUCUCCUUUGGAAUCCAGUCUAGUGCUAUCAAUGUAGUGAAGAUCCUUCGUGUCCUUAGAGUGCUGCGACCUCUCAGAGCCAUCAACAGGGCAAAAGGACUGAAGCACGUAGUUCAGUGUGUGUUUGUGGCCAUCAGAACCAUUGGAAACAUUGUGAUUGUCACCACUUUGCUACAGUUCAUGUUUGCAUGUGUUGGAGUCCAGCUCUUUAAGGGCAAGCUGUAUAAAUGCACAGAUGAGUCCAAGCAAACAGAAGUAGAAUGCAAGGGAACUUUUAUUUCUUACAAAGAUGGUGAUGUCAACCAACCAAUGAAAUCAACACGCAAGUGGGAGAAUAGUGAUUUCCAUUUUGACAACGUCUUGAAUGCCAUGAUGGCUUUAUUUACUGUCUCCACUUUUGAGGGAUGGCCAGGACUUUUGUAUAGGUCCAUUGACUCACAUACAGAAGACUUGGGUCCCAUUUACAACUAUCGGGUAGAAAUCUCCAUAUUCUUCAUCAUUUAUAUUAUUAUCAUUGCCUUUUUCAUGAUGAACAUCUUCGUGGGUUUCGUUAUUGUCACGUUUCAGGAACAGGGAGAGCAGGAAUACAAGAACUGUGAGCUUGACAAAAACCAGCGUCAGUGUGUGGAGUAUGCACUAAAGGCUCGUCCACUGAGACGAUACAUCCCUAAGAACCCAUACCAAUACAAGGUGUGGUAUGUUGUGAAUUCCACCUACUUUGAGUACUUGAUGUUUGUCCUCAUCUUGUUGAACACAAUCUGCCUAGCUAUUCAGCACCAUCGCCAGUCUAAAAGUUUCCACGAAUCUAUGAAUAUUCUCAAUAUGCUAUUCACCGGACUCUUCACUGUUGAAAUGAUCCUGAAAUUGAUAGCCUUCAAACCUCGAGGUUAUUUUAGUGAUCCCUGGAAUGUCUUUGAUUUCCUCAUCGUUAUUGGCAGCAUAAUUGACGUCAUACUGAGUGUGAUCCAUCACUACUUUUGUGAUGCAUGGAACACGUUUGACGCCUUGAUAGUUGUGGGUAGCAUUGUUGAUAUUGCAAUCACGGAGGUAAACCGAGCUGACACCAGCAGCAGUGCAGGUUCUUCCACCAUCAACAUGAAUCCAGAAGAUAAUGCCAGGAUAUCCAUAACUUUCUUUCGACUUUUUCGAGUGAUGCGCUUAGUGAAGCUGCUUAGUCGUGGAGAAGGGAUUCGCACACUGUUGUGGACUUUCAUCAAAUCCUUCCAGGCCUUGCCGUAUGUAGCUCUGUUGAUAGUUAUGCUUUUCUUCAUCUAUGCUGUGAUUGGAAUGCAGGUAUUUGGAAAAAUUGCUCUGGAUGAUGACAAACCAAUCAACCGAAACAACAAUUUCCAGACCUUCCCUCAGGCAGUCUUGCUGCUUUUCAGGUGUGCCACAGGAGAAGCCUGGCAAAAGAUAAUGCUAGACUGUUUACCUAGAAACAGCUGUGUCAAUGAAUCAGAUCCUGUGCACACUACAGAAGAUUCAUGUGGAAGCAACUUUGCAGUGCCCUACUUUUUCAGUUUCUACAUGCUAUGUGCCUUUCUGAUUAUUAACCUCUUUGUUGCUGUAAUAAUGGAUAACUUUGACUAUCUGACUCGUGACUGGUCCAUUUUGGGACCCCACCAUCUGGAUGAGUUCAAAAGGAUUUGGGCAGAAUAUGACCCUGAAGCAAAAGGAAGGAUCAAACACUUAGAUGUGGUGACACUGUUACGAAGAAUUCAGCCACCUCUAGGCUUUGGAAAACUUUGCCCUCAUCGUGUGGCUUGCAAACGACUAGUCUCCAUGAAUAUGCCUCUGAACAGUGAUGGAACAGUCAUGUUUAAUGCCACACUUUUUGCGUUAGUGCGCACAGCACUCAGGAUAAAAACAGAAGGAAACCUUGAGCAAGCUAAUGAAGAACUGCGGGCAAUCAUUAAAAAGAUCUGGAAGAGAACAAGCAUGAAACUACUAGACCAGGUCGUGCCUCCAGCAGGGGAUGAUGAGGUAACAGUAGGCAAAUUCUACGCAACCUUUCUCAUCCAGGAGUAUUUCCGCAAAUUCAAGAAACGCAAGGAACAAGGAUUAGUGGGAAAGGCAGUUCCCCAGAGAAAUGCUCUGUCUCUGCAGGCUGGCCUGCGGACUUUGCAUGACAUUGGGCCAGAAAUCCGUCGUGCAAUAUCUGGAGAACUGACUGCUGAGGAGGAACUGGACAAGGCUAUGAAAGAGAAUACAUCAGCAGCUUCAGAAGAUGAUAUCUUUAGACGAGCUGGUGGCUUAUUUGGAAAUCAUGUAAACUAUUAUCAGAGUGAUGGCAGAAGUUCUUUUCCACAAACUUUCACCACCCAGCGUCCAUUGCAUAUUAAUAAAAGUGGAAAUCCACAAGGGGAAGAGGAAUCUCCAUCCCAUGAAAAAUUAGUUGAUUCUACAUUUACACCCAGCAGCUAUUCCUCAUCAGGAUCUAAUGCAAACAUCAACAAUGCUAACAACACUGCUCUCUGCCGGUUCCCAAAUCCAUCUACAUACCAAAGCACUGUUAGCACUGUAGAGGGCCAUGGAGGUCCAAUGUCUCCCACAGUAUUACUUCAAAGCACCAGCUGGAAACUCAACUCUAAGAGAAGCCGAUACUAUGAAGCACUAGUGCGUUCUAACUCUGGAGACAGUCGCUUGCCUAUUAUAUGUCGAGAGGACACAUCUCUUGAUGAGACGUAUGAUGAGAAUUUUAAUGAAGAUGUUGACUGUUGCAGUGAACACAGUGCCCUGUCAACAGAAAUGCUUGCAUACCUAGAUGAAGAAAACAAACAGCUAACACCGUUGGAAGACAGCCAACAUAAUGGCAAGGACAGGAUACAACAUUCACCUAGAAGAACUUAUUUCUGUGCAGCAUCACUAGGUAGGAGGUCUUCAUUCCAGCUGGAGUGCAUGAGAAGACAGCAGAUACAAGGAAGGGAUACAUCUCGGAAGACAGCAGUGCCUCUACAUUUAGCGCACCAUCAGGCAUUAGCAGUUGCAGGGUUAAGUCCACUGCUCCACAGCAGUCACUCUUCAGCAACGUUUCCAAGAGUAUGUGGCACACCUCCUGCCACACCUUGCAGUCAUGGAAGGUCACAUCAGAGCAUCCCAAGUGUACAUUUAGAAGAGACAGCAUCUUGUGAGAAGCUCAAUAUUAGCCUUCCAUCAGUGAACUGUGGAACAUGUCAUUCAGACGAUUCCAAUGGAAACAUUAGCAAAAUUCGUCCAGUCUCUCUCAACAUCCCCGACAAAUUCAGGGAAAACAUGAAGCAGUGCUAUGGCAGUGCCAGCUGUCUUGUAGAAGCAGUGCUGAUCUCAGAAGGGCUGGUCCAGUUUGCACAAGACCCAAAGUUUAUUGAGGCCACAACCCAAGAGAUUGCAGAUGCCUGUGAUAUGACAAUCGAAGAAAUGGAGGAUGCUGCUGAUAACAUUCUUAAUGGCAAUGCCAAGUCUAGUCCCAAUGGCAGUCUAGUACCAUUUGCAAAGUGUAUGGACAGUGAUGAGGAACAAGAGGAUAUUUGUAGGAGAAAUGAAGAUGUCUUUAGAGAUGACAGGGUUUAUAUCAGUAAUCUGUAACAGCCUGGUAAAGACGUAUUUUUUAUUCAACUUAUUUUAAUGUUUCAAUCGGGGUUUGUUUCAGAAGUGCCUCACUGUUCUCGUGACCUGGCGUAACCGGAGCAGCAUUCUUCAUUCAUUCAUGUCCUUACGAGUCAUAGAGUGGGGUUGAAAGAGCCCAAAGUGGUGGUCAGAUGGAAUAUUUUGCUUGUGCCAGUAGCUGGAAAUGAGGCAGUGGUGGCGGUCCCCGGUUCCUGGCCCUGUAUAGGGCAGGAAGGAAACACUGAGCCUGCUGCAGGCAGCCUUGGCCAAAUUAUGACUCAGUCUCCCAAAAAAAAAAUUUAAAAAAAAAAGGGAAAAAAAAUGAAAAGAAAAAAAAAAAAAAAACGGGUCUUGUUCACCUGUGUAUAACCGUUUGCACAUAUUCUGCAGUGUGGACCGUCCAAGAGUUGCACGCUAUUUUGGAGGGGCGGGAUCGAGCCUUCUGCCACAGAUUACCUCUUUUAAUUCAAAGGCAUUGCAUCCUGGAGCCUGAAGGUGUAGUACUCUAUUAAUGCAUGGUAGCAUACUGCUGCAACAGACCAUGCAGAGGCAAGGUGAUGGCCAGCUCUUUCUCAUGUAUGUUUUGUUUCGUCAGACUGAUCAUUUUUUUCCAGCAUGUACUUAAAGGUUUGCUAGUUUGCAAGGUUGCUUGUUUUUGUUAAAAAAUUUCUGGAUAACCACCAUAUUUAUUUUUUUUUGUUUGUUUGUUUUGUUUUAUUUUAAUUUAAGUACUUUAAGAAUAGCUCACAUUACUCUGUAUUAGGUUAGUAAACAUUUACAAGAAAAACUGGGAACAUUCAUUAAAAAAAGUUUGAUCAGAAGAAUGUGCAAGACUGGAAACAGAACAACCUUCUUUUAUACUAGUCAUCUGGAAUGGGACAAAUUGCAUGGAAAGAACAGUUUUAAGUAGACAUCUAUGGCCAGUAAUGAUGACGGAAAAGACCAAUUAUACCCAUAGGAUGAAGUUGAUGAAUUCCAAAGGCACUAGCUAAAGGACUAAAUUAGUUAUUAAUAUUUCCAGGCUUGUGCACACAGAAUAAGUAGCAGGACUACAAGGAGCUUUUAAGGGUCUUUUUUUUUUUUUUUUAAUUUAAGGUUCCAAAACAAAAGUCUGUAUUUUAAUUAUCUGGCAGAUGAGCUCAUGCCACAGACAGCUGCUUGGGCUGUGGGCAGGCCGCAAUCGGUCUGGUGCGAGAUAAGAGUCCAACUUUAUUUGGAGCAGGAGAGAGAGAGUGAGAAUGAGCAACAAGCACAUCUGCAGAGUAUGCAGUUUUAAAAGCUGAUGUUUUUUUUUUUUUUUUUUUUUUUUUUUUUGUGAGUGUGUGUGUAUGUGUGUGCCCCACAAGAUAUGCAAAAACAAUGCAAUAAUAAUGUGACUGUAUAAAGGACUUUCAACACAAAUUGUAUAAAGACAUUUUUAAAAAGUUUAAAAGUACUUGUAAAAAGGAAAAGUGAUUAUAGAUAUAUAUUCUGCGUGAUGUUUUAUUGCGUUCAUGAUGCUUUUGUUGAGGAGCCUGUAAUACUUGAAAUUCAGGUUUGUUUCAGUAUUUUAUUUUUCCUUUUUAAUUUAAAAAAAGAAUAAAUUGAAAUUGUGCCAAGCAUUUAUUCUGAAUCAAAAUUCAGUUUCUUGAAACCAACUGUCGUAUCUUUGCUGCAUGUAAACAUUUUAGUAUUUUAAGUGCACACCCUACUGUAUACUGUUGAACUUUUAAACUAAGUGCUUUUUUAUUCUGUGGAGAGCCUGAUUUUUUUUCAUAUGAUGAAAAAGCAAUGUAUAUAUUGUAGGUUGCUAUGAAAAAUACAAUAUAUUUACAGGUUUAACUGGCUGAUUUUGCAUAUCUUGUGUUCACCUUAUUUUUUGAAUUUCGCUUUGAUUUUCUGAUAUUUAUCAACAGUUUGCAUUUUUUGGCUUUGUUAUGAUUUAUUUGUUGGCAGAGACGGGAACCCAGCAGUAAUAAUUUCCAAAGACGUCCAGUUUUCAGUCCGGAUAGCCAAAUGCACUGACAUAUGCCAAACUAUAUGGCUAUAGUGUGAGAGAUGGUGGGACACCAUUUCCUUUUUUUAUGUAUGUAAUGCCCUGCUGAGAUCAUAAUGACGGUACAAGUAUUCAUUUUAGUAUCACUUUAUCUGACACAGUUAAUACCAAAAGUCUAGAAAUAGAAAAUGUCAUUUACACAGUUAAUUUGGGAACUGCUUUUACUUUUAAUACAAUUUCUGGUUUGUUAGCACAUACGUUUAUAUGGUGGACCCCAUAAAUGCUACUGAUAGGGCCACAGCCUUAGUUAAACUGCUGUUGUAUCCCUUUUUAGGCAGUUAACAUUGGGAUAACUGAAGUACCAAGCUGGCUGUUCAUAUAAUGGUGACCCUCUAUAGAAAUAUUGUCAGUCAAUCAAUACUUUACAAAAGAGAGUUUCACUGUGCUGGAAGAUCAGUAUUAAUGGGCCACAGCAUGAUUUAUUGUCUUUUUUUUGGGGGGGGUGGCUUCACAUCUUUUAAUUAUUUAAUUCACAAAAGACAACUACACAGUGCUGUUUAAAUAAAGAAACAUUUCUCUUGGUUGCUGCCAAA